AUGGCAUGGAUCCAAUCCAUUUCAAGACGAUCUUUUCACAAAGCACGGUCAGGUUUACUGGCGCUAAGAUCGGGAUUUAGCCACCGUUCAAGUGAAGAGGACAAAGAAGAAAAAUCCGAGAAAGGGAUUGUCAAUCCUGUUGCUCUCGAACACGAAAGACAUCGCCACGGAGUUUCCUCUGGUGCUUACACUUCGGACACACAAGAGGACGUGAGCUUUGGCGCUGAACUUUCUCGCAUGAAUCUUCAAUCGUCCCAAUCAUCCGGCACUGACGUGGGGGCUCUUCUCCGCGUUUCGUCCUUGAGAUCGAUACCUGAUUCAUUCGCAACAUAUCCCACAUCUGCAUCUACGCCUGUAUUUUAUCCACCCACCCGAGCUGUAAGUACUUCGGGAGUAAAUUCGACUUUUACACUAACCACCGACAAUGAUCUUGAUUUCCAAUUUGGUGGAGGUGGAGAGUUGGAGACAAAUUUGGAUUCUGAGGAUCACUUUGCUCACACCACACCAUCGAUAGAGAACAAUUUGAUACAGCAGACAUGGGGCAUUGCAAUCUCCACUGAUAGAGAGAUUACUAUGCCCGCUCACGAACCGGCGGAUCCUCAGCCAGAUUGUGAAGAGCAGCAGAGAACAUAUCUGCAGCAAGAAAAGAUCUAUCAUGCAAGUUCAGAUACCCAAAUAAGUGAUGAUCAACCAAGCUCAAUUCCCAUCUCGAGACAGUCCUCCGCCGAAGUUCGAUUUGCAUUUCCAGGAAUCUAUCAUGAAGCGUUACGCCAGUGGGCGAGACAACGUGAUAGUCCCAGCCCUUGUCCACACACUCCCACUCUCAGUGAAUACAGUUCCAGCCUCAGUCAACACAGCCCUAGGCUCCAUGGACAAGAAGAAACCCCUUGCGCUUCUCAACCCCCACAUGAAUGCAUUAUGUGUCAGGAUGAUACAUACAGUAACCUGCCUCCAAAUGAUGAAUUCGAUGAAGGCCUCAUACCUUUGGUGCCCCCGCAAACCCCAAUCAUCCAUUGUGAAGAGAUGCAACCAGAUUCCUAUCCCAAUCCCCUCAAUUUCAAUCCCAACCGGAACUUUGUCGAAAGGCGGUCGUCAAUCUCCGAAAGAGCAACAACACAACAGCACUCAAGUGUUGAAGACUCUUCCAGCCGUUACACACCCGCUAAUACCACAUCGCGAGAUAUGAGUUCAACAGAAAUGACUUCAAUGGAAUCUAACGACACAUGGUCCCCAUGGUCCCCAGUCGACUCUGAACUCCUUUUCCCAAGCCCAGUAGAGGAAGAUGAUGAAAGUUUCCUUGUUGACGGCAAAACAAACAGCCAGUACCCCGAUAGAGGCAAUCAGCCAGUCAACUCCGCACAGCAUACCCCGACAAAAUGUCGUAAUACCAGAGCACCUCACGAACUAAAUGAGCGGAUCUCUCCAGGAAUCAUAUCCCUACCGCUCAUAUCUGGCGGCACUCCCAGUGCAGGAUUGGAAUUUGUGGAAGAGGAUACGGAUAACGAGUUUUUUCCUGGAAUUGUUCAGCCAAGACAGUUCUGGUGA